AUGUCAUGGAGCUUCUUCUUCGGAACUCUGAUGGAUUCAGAAAUCUCUUUUUUUGUGAAGUACUUCUUUCUGGAUACGUCUCCAACAACCUCCACUUCUAGGAAUAGCCAAGACUGGAGUAUAUUAGCCACAUUGAUGCGAUUCAGCUUCAGUGUACUUUCGAACACCUUCAUCUUGGGUUGGCUUAAGUGCGCCCAAGUGAUGCUGAAUCCUUUUGGUCUGGAUGAUGACGACUAUGAGGCUUGCGCUCUGAUUGACAUGUAUCAGCGAUCACUGGCAGCUCUUCUCACCAGACCGGAAACGAUACAACCAGUUGCACAGCGUGUUUAUCAUCGACUGCCGCACACCGUAGGAAGUGCCCUGAGGGGAGGAACCAGCGAAACAUCACUUUUCGGAUCAAUGGCUCAUAAGGCAAUGUCAUUGGUGGGACAAGAAGUUGUUCAUAAGCCAAAACUGAAAAAAUAG